UCAUCACUUCCGGUUGGCGGCCGUGGUGACGUUACGUCGCGUUGCGUCGCUUUACGUCGCGUUACGUCGAGUCGGCGCCGCGUGGGAGGGAGCGGGCCAAGAUGGCGGCGGGGCCCAUCUCGGAGCGGAACCAGGAUGCCACCGUGUACGUGGGGGGGUUGGAUGAGAAGGUCAGCGAGCCGCUGCUGUGGGAGCUGUUCCUGCAGGCAGGACCCGUGGUCAAUACACAUAUGCCCAAGGAUCGAGUCACAGGGCAGCACCAGGGUUAUGGGUUCGUUGAGUUCCUGAGCGAGGAGGACGCGGAUUACGCCAUUAAGAUCAUGAACAUGAUCAAGUUGUACGGGAAGCCGAUCAGAGUGAACAAAGCUUCAGCUCACAACAAGAACCUGGACGUGGGGGCCAACAUCUUCAUAGGGAACCUGGACCCUGAAAUCGACGAGAAGUUGUUGUAUGACACCUUCAGCGCCUUCGGGGUCAUCCUACAGACACCCAAGAUCAUGCGGGACCCGGAUACAGGCAAUUCAAAGGGCUACGCCUUCAUUAACUUCGCCAGCUUUGAUGCUUCUGAUGCUGCCAUCGAGGCCAUGAAUGGACAGUAUCUCUGCAAUAGGCCCAUCACUGUCUCCUAUGCCUUCAAGAAGGAUUCCAAAGGCGAGCGGCACGGCUCGGCUGCCGAGAGGCUCCUGGCAGCCCAGAAUCCACUGUCUCAAGCAGAUCGGCCCCACCAGCUGUUUGCUGAUGCUCCCCCUCCUCCGACUGUCCCCACCCCUGUGGUCACAGCUCUGGGACCUGGUGUCACCCCUCCAGGUGGGUAUGGAGGCCUCCCACCUCCAGGAUCAUUCCCUCCCCCAGUUCCCCCUCCCGGAGCGAUGCCCCCUGGAAUGCCUCCUGCUAUGCCACCCCCACCAAUGCCACCUGGAGCCGGUGCCCCCGGCCCCCCAACAGGGGCUGCACCCACUGGAGGGCACCCACCUCACCCACACGCCUUCCCACCGGGCGGAAUGCAUCACCCAGGAAUGCCUCCCAUGCAAGUACAUCACGGCCCACCCGGGAUGGGGCAGCACCACCCAGGACCACCAGGCUCUGCAGGCCAACCCCCUCCACGACCCCCACCCGGCAUGCCGCACCCCGGCCCCCCACCUAUGGGUAUGCCACCGAGAGGACCCCAUUUUGGGUCACCUAUGGGUCACCCCGGCCCCAUGCCGCACCACGGGAUGCGCGGCCCUCCUCCAUUGAUGCCACCCCAUGGAUACAACGGCCCCCCUCGCCCCCCACCUUAUGGCUAUCAGAGGGUCCCCCUCCCCCCCAGGCCGGCUCAGAGACCCCCGGGGGUGCCCCCACGUGGUCCUUUAAGAGGCCCAUUACCCUAAAGGCUGUUGGGGCCACACUGUGCUGUUGGGGGACCUUCCUUAGGCUGCCAUUCACCCUUGGGUUUGAGUUACCAAAGGGAAGAGGCAUAGUUGGGUCCAUCCCCCUCCCAUCCCCCCCCACCCUUUUUAAUCCUUUUUCCUCCUUUCUUUUGAUAGCCUUCAUUUUAUUGUUUCCUUUUUCCUCCCCCUCCUCCCUUAGAAGGUUUUUAAGGCAGCUCGAAUAGGUUUUUUUUCUUUUUUAAUUAGCCACGUAAAGCAACAAUUGCCCAUUUACAAAUAAAACGUGUUAAGAACAGGAGGGUGUCCCUCCAUAGUGGAGGUGAGGCUCUGCCUAUUGGUUCUGCUUUGGC